GCUGUGCGGAAGUUCUUUCAUCCGCGCUGCACAGAAGGGGCUUCGCCCUCGAGAUUAGCUAUUCUCGUCCCAAGUUUUCGCUUGGACGAAGGCAAAAGAGGUGGAACUUCUUCGCUCUGUGUUUUUACUCGAAUUCUGCCGUUCGCUUCAAGUUAGCGCCCAUUACCGUGGGGUAAUGGCAAGGCCAAGCCACAGUGAGCAUGUCCUGCAGCAGCUCAACAAUCAAAGGGAGUGGGGUUUCCUCUGUGACUGCUGCAUUGCCAUAGGUGACAUUUAUUUCAGGGCUCACAAGGCCGUGUUGGCUGCCUGCAGUUCUUACUUCAGAAUGAUGUUCAUCAGGGAUCAACAAGGUUCUGCCCGGUUUGAUCUUAGCAACAUGCAGAUCAGCGCAGAAUGUUUUGAUCUCAUCCUGCAGCUCAUGUACCUUGGCCGAAUUGCUGUGGAUCACUAUGAAUUUGAGGAACUGAAAGCAUCUAUGGCCUACCUACAAAUGUACUACAUCCCAGACUCACUCGAGGACCUAAGAGACAUCCGAACAUCUAAUCUCACUCCCUCAUCCUCUGCAUCGUCCUCUUCAUCAUCCAGCUCCUCGUCCUCAUCCAGUGUGGUCGGAGGCAAGAUGAUGUUUGGCGUUAGAAUGUUUGAGCAGCAACGGCCGAGCCCUUCUGAGAAUGAACGUGCAACGAAAGCCCCAACCACAACUGCUCGUCAGACCAUUAACAUCUCAACUGUCAGGCCUGCUGAAGAUGUGGUCAUACCACACCCUCCACCACACUCAGAGACCGUUGUUGACCAACCAUGUGACUUGAGAAAGAGAACAUCAGGUCGAAGCUCUGCCAUGAAAGAACGUCCUCGAUUUGGUCGCACAUACACGUGCGAUGACUGUGGCUUUGUCUUCAGCUGUGAAAAGCUACUCAUUGAACACAUCCUCACAUGUACCAAUCGCAAAGCUUUCCAAACACCCAAAGUCAGCAAAGAGGUUUACAGUGACAAUGGCAAAGCCGAGAGUUCGACUUCAGAGGGUACAGAUGAACAGAGAACACUUUGCAAGGGGGAAGAUGAGUGGUCGGACCACAAGCCGGACAUGGAGACGGUGAUCAGGUCUGUAGCCUCUGGCAUGGAAAGUGAAAAUGCCUUCUCUAGGAAUAUAACCAUUAAAGUGGAACGGGACGAUGAUUCCGAGACUGAUUUGGAAACUAUAAAGGUUGUAAAGGUUGGGAACCUUAACUUAGGCAGCUGCAAAGUUCGUACCAGGGCAUUCAAAGACAAUCUUGCAGAUCAGAUUAAGUUUGACAGUGAGGAAGAUCCUGGAGUGUCUGCCAUGGAUGCUCUGGAGGGCAAAAGCACAGAGUUGGACACCGAUCUAAAGGUACAUCGAAUCAAAGAGGAAAAGCAAGAUGGCACAUGCAUACCAUGCGAGUUAUGCGGAGCCCUGUUGACGGAGGAGGAACAGUCUGCUCAUUACAUCUCCAACCACAUGGGACAUAUCUGUGCCUGUGGAAGGUGUGGCCAAGUGCUCAUUAAAGGCAGACAGCUGCAGGAGCAUGCAGAGCGCUGUGGUGAACCCCAAGGUACCGAGAUGGACUCCCCAGGUGAAGAUUCGCUUCUACUUGAAGAUGCCGAAGCUAUGGAAGAAAACUUGCUGGAAGGUGCUGACCUGGGCUUUCGUUGUCCACUCUGUGGUUUGAUAUUUGAAAGCGAAAGUCUUGCAGUGGAGCACACGUUGGCUUGCCCGGAACAGGAGCCCUUCCGACCCGUCAUGUUGGAAGAUGGUGGUGAGCCAGACCAUCGGCGCAAGCAUUUCUGUGCAAUCUGUGGCAAGGGCUUUUACCAAAGGUGUCACUUGCGGGAGCACUACACUGUGCACACCAAGGAAAAGCAGUUUACCUGUCAGACCUGCGGGAAACAGUUUCUGCGUGAACGACAGCUUCGGCUGCACACUGACAUGCACAAGGGAAUGGCGCGAUAUGUCUGUCCUGUGUGUGAUCAGGGUACGUUCCUCAAACAUGAUCAUGUUCGACACAUGAUCUCUCACCUGUCUGCCGGAGAGACUAUCUGCCAGGUGUGUUUCCAGAUUUUCCCCAGCGGUGAACAUCUGGAGAAGCACAUGGAUGUUCAUCUGUACAUCUGCGGCGUUUGCGGAGAGAAGUUUCGCCUCCGUAAAGACAUGCGGAGCCACUACAACUCCAAGCACACCAAGAGACAAUGAGAGGCCUCUCUCUGCUACCCUUGAAUCUUUAAAAUAAGCCAUACUGUAAAUGUGAGAACCAAUCUAUGCACUUAGACACCAAUCGUAACCUUUACAACUGCACUUUCUGUGUGUAUGCAAAUUCUGGAUGUGUUGCUCAAUGUUUUUUUUUUUUUUUUUUUUUUUUUUUUUGGUGGGUUAUAGUGCCUCAAGCUUUUGUCUUCAUUUUCUAAUUCUUAGAGAUGGAUAUCCAGACACUGGUUAAGUCUAGAUAUUGACUAAAUCACACUAUCAGUGGUGUUUCAGUUGAAAAUGCUAUUUAGAUCUGUAGUUAUGAAAUUGGCCCAAGGCUAAUCGUUUUGAUUACUUCAUGAAGCUUUAAUGAUGAUGCACAUUGGCUUGUGACAUUCUGUCAUCAUUUUUACUUUAGUAUUUAAGAACUUUUGUUAGGUGGGUCACUGUGUUUUGUUAUUGGUGGUGCUCUUAUUUCUAGUGAACACAGCACAUACUUGUUCCGUUUUGUUUCAUUUCAAGUUGUUCUGGUGUCUUUACCUGUUAUCGUAUGUAAUGUUGAAUUGCGCUUAGGGAUAGUUUACCCAAAUGACGUCUGUUCUCUCACUCUAAUGUUGUUCUAAACAUGUUAAGUCAUAUUUUGCAGAACUCCUAAAUAUAUAUUUAGAAAAAACAUCUUCAUUUAUUUAAUGUCCAGUGUCCUUGCAGGGAAAGUUAAAACCCACUGACUUGUAAUGAAAUCUAUUAAAAUUUGUUUUUAAAAUUGCUAAAAA